AUGCAACUCCCACCCCUCCUCCUCCUCCUCGCCGGAGCAGUCUCCGCCAUCCCAGCCGGCACCUCCCUCCCAGUCCUCACCGUCCCCGGCGGCGGCCCAGCCAUCACAGCCUCCCUCCCCGUAAUCACCCCCCCCAGCAAAACCAACCGCCUGCUCCGCAAAGCCCUCCUGCUACACCCACACAACCACCACCACCCCAAAGGCCUGCGCCACCGCCUGCCCCGAGCCCAAAGACCCCAUCAUGUGCCCGGCCUACAUCAAGAUCGAGCAAAAGGAGGUCCCCUGCCACGACGACUGCUGCCCCAAGACGUCCACCCAAACCGUCACCGCCCGCUGCCCCAAGUGCGUAACCGGAUGCGUGAUCCCCACCAUCACCGAGUACAUCACUACCGGCUGCGCGCCGACUCACACCGGAGCGUUCCCCACGGCGAUUUUGACCAAGCCAAACUAAGUUGA